UCAGUUUCGAAAAAUUUUUCGAUGGAAGCGGUUCUGUCAGCGGAAAAGUGAAUUAUACCAGAGCCUGCCUGAAAAACUCAAGAAAACCCCAUCAAAGAAAUAGCAGCUCUCAGCUAAAUAAUAACAAACACAAUACUUUCUGCUCAGUCACCGCAAACAGAAAUAAUCACAAUUCUGCAAAACGCCGUCAUCAAAAAAGUUUUAGCCUACAACUCUAGAAACGCGGAAAAAUUUGUCAAAAAUACAACUAAAAAAACAACAACGCGAGUGCACGUGUAUGUGAGGUGCUCAGUAAGAGUGUUUGCGUGUGUUCGUUUCUGUGUGUGACAGAUAAUAAAAGGAGAAAAAAAGAAGUUGUCGAAAGUCGUUCGUGAAAAUUCAAGAAAAAUAGUGCAAGCGCUGCAGGGAAAUUGUCCGGAAAAAUCGCAAAAUCCAUUGUUUUUAGCCGGCAUCUUAAAAACCAACGAUAACAACAGCUUCUGCAACAACGCGCGUGUUUAGUUCACACACACACCACGGAGCGUCGAGAAAAAAAGGUUAAAAAUACAUUUUCAAUUCACCAUCGGCGUAAAAGUAAAACAAUAAACAAAUACAAGAAAAUAAAACAGCAGCCGCUUUUUCACCCAACAACAACAAUUUCAACAACUUCAACUUCGCCAGCAGCAACAACAACAAGUCAGCUGGACAACCGAAGAUAAUGUAAACUCAGCUUACACACAAAAAAGCAGUAAAAUAUAAAAUACAAAAAUUAACAGCUGCGUUUAUCUAUAGAUAUAUAUAUACACAUCUAUAUAUUUGAAUAAGCGUUCGAUUUGAAUCAAAAUUAUAGCCCAAGCUAUCAGCUACCCCCACAAGCUUUGUACUCCACAAAAACGCUAACGAGCAAAAUCGAUAAAGACCAGAUAGCAAAUGAAAUCAUACCAUCUGCCAUAGAUCUAUGCUAUAAACAUAUAUAGGUGCUGAUCUGUGCUCUUGAAUUUAGUGUUUUUUGUGUGUGCGUGUCGCGAGAGGAGCACUCAAAACCAAAAAAAAAAAAAAAAACGUAUAGUAAAACAAAAAACUAUCUCUAGUCGCUAGGCUAUAACUAUACAAACUCCAGCUAUCCCAGAUCCAGAUCCGUAAACAGCAAAUAGUUAUAUAUCUAUAACCCCAAAAUACGAUGGCCAACGUUGUCAAUAUGAACAGCCUGCUCAACGGCAAGGAUUCGCGCUGGCUGCAAUUGGAGGUCUGUCGCGAGUUCCAGCGCAACAAAUGCUCGCGCCAGGACACCGAAUGCAAGUUCGCCCAUCCCCCGGCCAACGUGGAGGUCCAGAACGGCAAGGUCACCGCCUGCUACGACAGCAUCAAGGGCCGCUGUAAUCGUGAUAAACCGCCGUGCAAAUACUUUCAUCCACCACAGCAUCUGAAGGAUCAGUUAUUGAUAAAUGGACGCAAUCAUUUGGCCCUCAAGAAUGCACUGAUGCAACAGAUGGGCAUCGCGCCCGGCCAACCGGUCAUAUCGGGCCAAGUGCCAGCCGUGGCAACAAACCCCUAUCUGACCGGCAUUCCGGCCAACUCGUACAGUCCGUACUACACAACGGGACACCUGGUGCCCGCCUUGCUGGGUCCGGAUCCCGUGACCUCCCAACUGGGACCCGUGGUGCCCCAAACAGUGCAGGUGGCACAGCAGAAAAUACCACGUUCCGACAGAUUAGAGGUGUGCCGCGAAUUCCUGCGCGGCGCCUGCAAACGGGCGGAAUCCGAGUGCCGGUUCGCCCAUCCGCAGGAGAGCGUCGCCAGGCACGACGACGGCUCGAUAACGGUUUGCAUGGACGCCGUGAAGGGCAGGUGCGCACGCGACCCCUGCCGCUACUUCCAUCCCCCCCUGCACCUACAGGCACAAUUAAAAGCGGCCCAAACACGCGCCACCGCUGUCGCUGCUGCAGCUGCGACCUCACCUCUUGCGGCACACCAUCACCAGCAACAACAACAAUUGCAACACCAGCUGAACAACAUCAACAACAACAACAACCACAGCACCGCUGGCGCAGCAGCCACCUCGACAACAGCAACAACAACCACAAACAACGCCGCUGCCGCCGCCGCCGCUGCUGCCGCCGCCGCUGCCGCCGCUGUCAUGGGCCAUCACACACUGGAAGUGGGCAAGAAGCGGGCGGCGGACACGACCGACAUGUUUCCACUGCAAUUCUCUGGCAUGGUACCGUUCAAACGUCCAGCUGCCGAAAAGUCUGGCAUUCCAGUUUAUCAGCCCGGUGCGACCGCCUAUCAGCAGCUAAUGCAGCCCUACGUGCCAGUCUCAUUUACUGGACACCCUCCCGGUGUGCCAAGAUUUUAAUAGAUCUAUGUGCAGUCGGUUAAAUUGUAGAUUCGUUCAUUUAACUGAAGAUGACAAGGUCGAGGUGAUUGAUCAACGUGUUGCUGUCUGCCGCGAUCAUGCCAACAGCCAGUGCCGCCGCAAGCAGUGUAAAUACUACCACAUACCGAUUGUCCUGCCGCCGGCCAACAUCAUGGCGGCCAUGAUCACCAGUCCCAGUGAUCAGCAGCCAGCUGUGCCGGUGGCCACAACAACAGCCAAUCCGGCGGCAGCGGCGGCGGCGGCAGCAGCAGCAACAGCAGCCGGCUACAACGGCACCAGCAACUUGAUAAUCAUCGAGCCGCAGCAGCAACAGCAACAGCCGCCGCAGCAGCAGCAACAGUUCAGCUAUCACAGCAACAGCAGCAAUAACAACUACUACCACAGCAAUGCCAGCAAGCAGGCAGCACACGCCAGCAACAUGUAUCAACAGCAGCAGCAGCAGCAUCAGCAACAGCAGCAACAUCAGCAACAUCUGCAGCAUCAGCAACACGCGCAGCAGCAAACACACAUCACCUACCACUGCAGCUCGCCCUACUCCCCCUCGUCGGCAUCCUCUUCAUCCUCCUGCUCGAUAGCCACCUCGCCGACCCUCUCGUCGGCCACCACGCUAUCCACCACCUCGACGGCCACUAUGCCCACGCCCCAGCAACAGUAUCAGGGCCCGGCGGCCACGGCGACCUUUCUAAAGGCCCCCGCCUAUUAUACCGAUGCCACGCCCACCCUGGUGCUGAGCAGCGACUAUAACUCCAACUGCAUCCCCAUCCAGGCGACGCCGUUCAUCUCGCUGCAGGCUGCUCCGCAGCAACAUCUGCUGAAGUACACCACCCAGGCACCGCCACCGCAGGCGCAGCAGCAUGCCUUUGUGGGUCACCACUACCAGACGCAGAUGGGCCAGGUGGUGGCCACUACUGUGGCGGCCAUUCCGGCCACCACGAUAACGGUGGCGCCGGCAACAGUGGCGUCUCCAUCGACAUGCAUCUAGAAGAAGGGGGUUUCUUAUCUGCCGCAGGGGGCAGCUCUGUUUAUUUUACCAGAGACGUAUAUUAGGUCAUAGGGAUGUGUUUCCUGCGAAGUCCCUAUAGAUUUGAAAACAUUAGUUAUGGCGCCCAAAAGUGAAAAGUGAAAUAUUUAAAACUAAAGAGUUAUUUGAGCACUUUUAAUUAACAUAAUUUUGAAAUAUUAUCCUGUUAGCCAUAGGAGGAACUAAAAUGUUCAUUUUAUAAAGUCUAGCAUACUUUUAAGCACCUUAAUUGAUGUUUUCAAAAACCAAGAGGCCCAAGAAACACAUCGUAUAGGGUUUUUCUUUAUUAAAAGUUUGUCACCUACCUUUAUCCAUUGAAUACUCGUUUUUGUCAACUCCAGUUCACCUAGAUACUUAUAUUGCAUAAUCCUCAAAACCUAAGCAACACAAUACGUAUACCAAUCAUGAAUACUCCCCAAGCGAUGCUCUACACGAGACUCCAAGCUAAAUUGAAAGAAAUCAAAAAGCAAAUGCAGAACUUGUCUGAAAAAGGUCUAAGCUAGUAAAUAAAACUUCAAACAAUCACAUUCUACGAAACACAAACACAAAGCAGUAAUGGAAGUUUUUGAUGAAAAUUAAAGGUUGAUACGAACUAUUUACAAAAAAUAAGAACCGAAAGUACUUUUGGGGGAAAGGAGAAAGGUAAACUCAACUGAACUUUUUCGUACGUAUAGCAAGACUUUAACGUGUAAGCAUCUCAUUUACACAUCAAGUGACAUGCAUUAGAGGGAAAACAUUGAGUGAAGACUCUACAAUAUUGCAAAACCCAAACAGAAGAGAUGAAUAAUACGAGUGUUGUUAAAUGCGAAAAGAAACUAAAGAAAAUUAGCAAUUAAAAAUUGAAAUUAAUAUUACAAGAGAAAGAACUUUGGAGGAGAGCGCAGUUGCAUUAAAAUUAGUUACAAACUAUUUUAAACUCUAGUGUUCCAUAUUUCAAUGCAAAUAAAAAAUACAAAUAAAAGUGAAUAAAGAUAAAGGUACAUUAAAGUGGAUAAACAUAUAGUGAGGAGUGUUAAUAUUAGCUAAGGUUAAGCCUGACAAACCGUUCUCCAUGGCAAAUAGUCAAAAUUAAUCAAAAACAGAAUCUACAUAGGCCAUAGAUAAGCAGCAAGAACAACUAAUAAUAAACACUUAACAAUAACAAUAAUAAUAACGAUAAUGAUAACGAUAACGAAAACGAUGAGGAUGAAGAUGAAAAAAGUACAGUCACGUCCUAUUUUUGCAACAACGAUUUACUACAAGCGAGAGGCAAACGAUACGGAGAUUUUAUUAAGCAAAAUGGUCAGCAGAGGUCAGAUAAAGAAAACAGAGUACAGAAACCAUAAUCCUUUUUUACAUUUUAUAAUAACGAUCAAGAUAAAUCAGCAGAACUACAGCAAGAGAAACCAUAUUUUUUAUAUACAAUGGAAGCAUCAAAAACAACACUGAUAAACAAAAUCGAUAUGAGGUAAACAAACAAGAAAUUUAAUCAAAUUUAAAGGAAUAAGCAUUUUUUGCAAACAACAAACAAAGACGGAGACUUUUUUAAAGUGUAUUAAUAACAACUUAUUUAGCUGAAUUCUCUAGCAAAUGAACACAAAGAACUCUAAACAACAUUUAAUGAGGAUAACCACUCAGCUCACACAGAAAUCGAAAUUGUACCGUAUUAUAUCUUCCUAUGCAAACGAUUUGUAAGCACUAUAUAUGUAUAUAGAAACAUACCCACUAUAUGCGACAUUUACGAAUCCAGACUUAUUUCCGAUUAACUGUUCGUUUACAGUUUGCCGCUGUUUUAAUGACGUUUUGUGACUUGUUUUUUAUACACUCAAGAACGUAUUUGGAACACACAUAAUAAGAAUUACAUUAAAUUGCAGAACGGAAACUACUUAUUAUAUACAAAAGCAUACGUACAUAUAUACACCAUAUAUGUAUAUAUACUACAUAUAUUUAUGUCUGUACACGUAUGAAUAUAUAUACAUUAACACAAAUAUAUUGAUUAUAUAUAUACAUAUAUAUAUUUACUAAUGGCAACUAAACAUGAAAUGUGAUCUUUUAAAGAAACAAAAAGUAAAGAAAGAAAAAUAAUAAUUAAACGAUGGCAGGCAGAAUUGGAUAAAGGUAAAACUGAAUUAAAGUAAAUCGAACUAGCAGCAAUCGAAUACUAGAGCCAUGGCAAGCAGGAUAGUUAAACGUAAUUUUAAAUGGGUUCCAUCUCGAGGCAAGCGUACGAAUAUCUCCAUUCAAUAAGGAUAACACCAAUAAUACUCGACAUCUAGCUAAUAAUUGUUCAGCAAUAACAGAUAUAUCUACAUAUACAUUUAAGGGCUGGCUAUAAUAUACGGAAAUUUGUUUUUUUUUUCAUCGCAAUCACACUAUCACCUAUCACUAUCACCUAUUACUAUCUCUCAAUCUCACUACUGUCCGUACACCUGAGUUCCUCCUUUUCAAUAAGACUCGGAUAGCGUAUAUCCAGCACCUAAACCUAACCACUUGUAGUACUCAACUUCAGCUCGCUCUCUUCGAAGCCUCCUCCAAACUUACUCGAUCACACGGAAGUCGUAUCCCGAACUUUUCCGUACUCAAAAUAAGAAUGCCUAAUAAGUUUCCGUCCAUUAUAAUCAGACCUUAAAUCUAUGUGCAACGACAGCGGAAGCAGAAGCAAGUGGAACAGUUGUAAACGAAUAAAAGUAAAUUAACUAAAGUAAACAAUUAAAGUAAAUGAUUAAUUAUAAACACAAUACACGUAGAUUCUCAAACUAAAAGCUCGUCGACAUUUUAACAGUUACUAACAUUUAAAUAAUAAUAACGACAAAUGAGUAAUACAAUAAGCUGCAAAAGGGCAAACAAAAAAAGGGAAACCAUGAUGUUUUGUGUAAAAAUAAAUGUUCUUUAAAGAGAAAAAAUUUAAAAAUCGAAAAAAAACACACACACAAAAACCAAUAAACGAAAAUGAGAAAUCCUAGUUACUAAGCAAACUAACUACGAACAUAUAGACACUAUAGAAUCAUUGUACCAUAAGAGAUUUCAGCGGGAUUUUGUUCAACUUGACAUCUUCUCUAGUAUGUGUAGAUUGGCAUGUCAUUUGACAUGGCCACGCAUGUAGAAUAGCACGAGUUUGUAAACUAGAAACGAAACUUUUAUUUGCCUUAACAUCAAACCAAUAUAUACACCAAUAUACAUUGAUUUAAAUCUUCUGAAUAGUUUCGAAUUGUUUCGAAAACCAAUUUCACUUGACGCAUGUACAUGGCGCUCUUAAAACAAACAGAUACAGAUACUAUAUGACAGCAGAAAAUAAUUCUGAAUCGAAGGGAAAACGGAUUAAUGUAGUUAUGUGUAGAGUCUCCUUCAUUGUAAGUCAUAGUUAUUAUUGUUAAUUUUAAUUUAUAUUUACACAUAUAUAUUAGAUCAUUAUGAUUAUUAAUUGUGAAUAUGAUGUGAUGUGUUUAUUGAAAGAAAAACAAAAACGAAACUAAAACAAAACAAAACAAAAUCGAAAAUACAAUUACUGAAUGUUGCAACGUAAAGAAAACUAAAUGUAUUGAACCCUGAGCGAAGAGUGAAGCGAAAUUACAAGAAACCUUAUCGAGAAUGUGAGGGAAAAUCAAUUUUACUCCACUUCGGAUGGUUAAGUAAGCGUAAUGUUAAAUUACACUAUGAUACAAGGCAUAUGUUUGUAUGUACUGUAAGUAGUUAUUCAUUUUUGUCAGGUGAUAUCAACGAAUUUUUCGAUAUGUUCUUCAGGCAGAGCUUACCCUCUGCCCCAAGCCCCCCACGACCCUGUGUCUAUAUCGUUUAUAAUUGAGUUAAGUUUUCAAUAUUAUUUCUUCGUCUCUUGUCGUUUUUUUGUUUUGUGAUAUUCGCGGUGGUGAGAAAGUUGGCCGAAUAAUUGUUGUUCGUUGUUUAUAUUUUGUGUUCAUCUAUAUUUUUGUAGUUUGUUUUAUUUUUUAUAAAUAUACAUUGUAUUAAACAUAUAUUAAAUAUACAUUAAUGAACUAGUAUAUACAACUUAACUAUACACAUAUACAAAUAAAGAUGAAUUGAAAUAAUAGCUCUUAAGGUACGGAGUUUUUGGCAGGAAGAAAUCCACAAAAGUAAAACUGAACGGAGGAGAACAAGUUUUUGGGCAACGACUCUGACGAAUGAUAAUUGAUAGCGAUGAUACAUAUACUCCUAAAAUAAAACAAAAGAACCCAAAAAAAAAAAAAAUGAAAAUUUUUUAAAAAUAUUUAAUAAACAAAUCAUUAUUACCUAUUAUUAUUAUAUUUAUUAUUAUAAUGAAACAAAUUUAGUUAUUAUUCAUGUAAAGAACGAACCAGGAAGGCAAAGCAAAGCGAUAACAAAUCUUGCGAAAUGCAAAAACAACAACGAGCGAAGAAGAAAGCGAAGAGAAGAAUAAUGAUGAAAGUGAAUUAGUAGCUGGCAAGUGAGAAUGACGAUGAAGAAUGAAAUUAUAUUGAUAAUGAAAAUACAACAUUUAAAGUUAUUUAGCAGUAAAUGGGAAAAGAAUUAAAAACAAACAUGAAAACAACAGACAUCAAUGAAAAACAACAAAACAAUGAAAUACAAUAAAACACAAGAAAUAAAUUAC